AUGAGUUACGCAAAGAAGGACGAGGAUGCCGACCACUCCGUCGGCUUCAGGUUGGACCGUACCUCUGUCUUCCAAGAUGCUCGAUUGUUCAAUUCCUCUCCCAUCUCACCUCGAAAAUGCCGCACACUGCUCACGAAGAUCGGCGUCCUCCUCUUCACGGGGGAGAAGUUUCCUACUAAUGAAGCCACCACGUUGUUUUUCGGUAUUUCUAAACUAUUCCAGAACAAGGACCCCUCCUUACGCCAAAUGGUCUAUUUGAUCUUGAAAGAGUUGGCCCACACGGCCGAGGAUGUGAUAAUGUCUACCAGUAUUAUCAUGAAGGAUAUGACUGUGGGAAGCGAGAUCAUAUACAAAGCGAAUUCUAUCCGAGCUCUGUGUAGAAUCAUCGACGCCACGACAGUCCAAGGUAUUGAGCGACUGAUAAAGACUGCCAUAGUGGACAAGUCUCCAGCAGUCUCUUCGGCGGCGCUAGUGUCCUCGUAUCACCUCCUGCCAAUCGCGAGAGAUGUGGUCAGAAGGUGGCAGAGUGAGACACAGGAGGCCGCGUCGUCGUCGAAAUCUGGCGGCGGUUUCUUGAGCUUUGGGGGCAGCUCUCAACAUUCCCUGGCAGCCGCAAACACAAACUAUAUGAACCAGUACCAUGCGAUUGGUCUGUUGUAUCAGAUGCGCUCUCACGAUCGCAUGGCCUUGGUAAAGAUGGUGCAGCAAUAUGGCGCCGCAGGAGCUGUGAAGAGCCCUGCUGGCGUCAUGAUGCUUGUCCGACUGGCAGCUCGACUUGCUGAAGAGGAUCCCAGCCUGAGAAAGCCCAUGAUGCAGAUGCUGGACACGUGGUUGCGACACAAGAGCGAGAUGGUCAACUUCGAAGCAGCCAAGGCAAUCUGCAAUUUGCCAGGCGUGACCGAUGCCGAGGCAGCUCAGGCGAUCCACGUCCUGCAGUCCUUCUUGACUUCCCCUAGAGCAGUUACGAAGUUUGCUGCUAUUCGGAUCCUCCAUUCUUUCGCUUCCUUCAAGCCGCAAGCCGUCCAUUCUGCCAACCCUGACAUCGAAGCCCUGAUCUCCAACAGCAAUCGAAGCAUCGCGACAUUUGCUAUCACUACUCUGCUCAAAACGGGUAACGAAGCCAGCGUUGACCGACUGAUGAAACAGAUUCAGGGAUUCAUGUCCGAGAUCACGGACGAGUUCAAGAUUACCAUUGUUGAAGCUAUCCGCACACUCUGCAUGAAAUUCCCGAGCAAGCAAGCUGGUAUGCUUACAUUCCUGAGCACGAUUCUUCGUGAUGAGGGUGGCUAUGAAUUCAAGCGUGCUGUUGUUGAGAGCAUGUUUGACCUGAUCAAGUUUGUACCUGGCAGCAAAGAAGAAACCUUGUCACAUCUUUGCGAAUUCAUCGAGGAUUGCGAGUUCACAAAGCUUGCCGUUCGCAUCUUGCACUUGAUUGGUGUUGAAGGACCAAAGACACCGCAGCCCACAAAAUACAUUCGAUACAUCUACAACAGAGUGGUUUUGGAGAAUGCUUUGGUCAGAGCUGCCGCAGUCACCGCUUUGGCCAAAUUUGGUGUCGGACAAAAGGACCCUGAGGUCAAGAAGAGCGUCAAGGUGCUGUUGACGAGAUGCUUGGACGAUACAGAUGACGAAGUCCGUGAUAGGGCCGCGUUGAACUUGCGGUUGAUGGAGGAAGAAGACGAAAUUGCCGAGCGCUUUGUCAAGAACGACUCAACAUUCUCAUUGCCAACUUUCGAACACAAGCUCGUCAUGUAUGUGACAUCAGAUGACAAAUCGGUCUUCAGCAAAGCCUUCGACAUUAGCCAGGUUCCAGUGGUGUCACAGGAGCAGGCUUUGGCCGAGGAACGCACGAAGAAGCUUACUACUGCCACUCCAACACUCAAGGCUCCAAGCACCGGCCCAGCCAAGCCAAAGGCAAAUGGUCUCUCGGACGGCCCUUCUGCUGCAGCAGCCGCCCAGAAGUAUACCCAAGAGUUCUCGAGAAUACCCGAGCUUGCCGCUUAUGGGCCGGUGCUCAAGUCCAGCUCUGUGGUUGCGCUUACGGAGAGCGAGACCGAGUACGUCGUCUCCGCAAUCAAGCAUAUCUUCAAGGAGCAUGUGGUUAUCCAAUACGACAUCAAGAACACAUUGGACCAGACGGUGAUUGAAAAUGUUUCAGUCCUGGCUACGCCAUCGGAAGACGAAGAAGCGACCCUUGAAGAAGAGUUCAUCAUUCCUGCCAAUGCUUUGAAGACCAACGAGCCUGGUGUCGUUUAUGUCGCUUUCAAAAAGGUCGAAGGAGAGGCAUCUUUCCCCGUCAGCACAUUCGGCAAUGUCCUCAAAUUCACCAGCAAAGAAAUCGACCCAACCACCGGCGAGGCCGAAGAAGGCGGAUAUGAAGACGAAUAUGAGGUCGAAAACCUCGAGCUCACAGGAGCAGACUUUGUCUCUCCUGCCUUCGCUGGUAGCUUCGAUCAUAUUUGGGAAGGGACAGGUGCCAAUGGCGAAGAAUCCAACGACACAUUACAACUGGCGAGCGUUAAGAGCCUGGCCGAUGCGACAGAACAACUCACCCAAACCCUUUCCCUACAACCUCUCGAAGGCACAGACGUCGUCUUGUCCAACGCCACGCAUACUCUGAAAUUGUACGGCAAGUCCGUGACCGGCGGACGGGUUGCUGCGCUAGUCAAGAUGGUGUUUUCUGCAAAGUCGGGCGUCACGGUCAAGGUAUCUGUGCGGACAGACGAAGCAGGUUUGUCGGGUGCAAUCAUCUCUGUGUUGUCAUGA